CUCUUCUGCAUCGGCUCCAGCCUCGGAGGCGACCGGCGCGCAAAGGUGGAGCUUGGUGCCCUUGCUUGGGGCAUUUUCCCGUAGGUGGGACGCGCGAAGUUCUCGGCCACCAAACUUCCUGUUGAACUCGCCCGGGCGACAGAGAGGGUCGCGUCUGCGCCGCUUCUCGGGUCGACGCGGACCACUGAGGCUGCUGAGCGAUGGGGAAGCUGCUGGCGCUGGCUGUCGUCGGCAUCUUGGCCGCCCUGAUCGGAGAAAGGCUGAUGGCGUUUCGACAUAGAACGUGCGCCUCACGGGAAUUGAAACCAAAGCGGCUUCCAAACUGUCAACUUAUUAAAGGAAUUGAGGCUGGCUCAGAAGACAUUGACAUACUUCCAAAUGGCCUCGCUUUCAUUAGCUCUGGUUUAAAAUAUCCCGGUCUACAAAGCUUUGCCCCGGAUAAAAGAGGGAAAAUAUUUCUGAUGGAUUUAAAGGAAGAAAACCCUCAGCCAGUUGAGCAAAUCAGCCGUGGCUUUGAUCUGGCGUCUUUUAACCCUCAUGGGAUCAGCCUAUACGUUGGUCAGGAUGAUGCGGUCUACCUCUUUGUUGUAAAUCAUCCACAAUACAAGUCAACGGUGGAACUCUUUAAAUUUGUGGAGGAUGACAAUUCUCUUGAGCACCUUAAAACUAUCAAACAUGAGCUCCUGCCAAGUGUGAAUGACAUUGUGGCUCUCGGCCCCGACAGUUUCUAUGCCACCAACGAUCAUUAUUUCACAGAGACCAUCUUAGUGUCCUUGGAGAUGUUCCUGGGCUUGACCUGGACAAAUGUUGUCUACUACAGCCCAAAAGAAGUUAAAGAAGUGGCUGCAGGAUUUUACUCUGCCAACGGCAUCAACAUGUCACCCGAUGAGAAGUACCUCUACGUUGCCGAUCUGCUGGGUCAUAACAUUCAUGUCUUCGAAAAACAUGCUAAUUUGAGUUUAACUCCUUUAAAGGUGUUGCAGUUGGACACUCUAAUUGAUAACCUGUCGGUUGAUCCAUACACUGGAGACAUUUGGACUGGCUGUCAUCCCAAUGGCAUGAAAUUGUUAUUUUAUGAUCUGGAGAACCUUCCUGGCUCAGAGGUGCUUCGCAUCCAGGGCAUCCUUUCUGAGAAGCCUAUGGUCACCCAAGUGUAUAUUGAUGAUGGGUCUGUAAUUCAAGGGAGUUCGGUGGCUACCGUGUAUGGCAAGGACCUGCUUAUUGGCACUGUGUUUCACAGAGGACUUCACUGCCGGCUGUAGCUGGCUCAAUGUGGACUUUGACCAAGUGGAAAAGGUUGGUGUCAUCUGAGCCAAACUUCCUGCCACCUGCCGUUCUGGACCAGCUAACUUCAACCUCUGUUUCAAUAAAGAUUAACCUGAGA